AUGGAAAUCCCGUCAUUUUCCCCGGAAGAAGGGAACAUAAUCGCAAAGCUAAUUCCUCGAGACGCCCAGUUUCUCGGUGCAGAGGCAGCUGUGGACGCUUGUGAACCGGCCCGAUUACCGCCAGAGGUUCUAGCGAGAAUAUGGGACAUUGCCGACGAAGGAGCAAAGGGCCACCUUACACUGAAUGAAGUUGGGGUGGCUGCCCGUCUUAUUGGCUGGGCACAACGGGGCUUUGCGGUACAGGCAAAUUUAGUCCAUCGACCGGGUCCAUUAGCAAUCUUGCAUAACAAGCUUGAUCUUACGGCCGCUUCCGAGACAGUGUCCUCCACACAUCUACCAACACUUUCCUCGGAGGACAAGGCUCGACAUAAGAUCAUAUUCAACGACAGUGGGCCCGAAAAUGGUAUUCUUGAUGGUGUCAAAGUGUGGGAUAUCAUACUCAAGUCGAGGCUUCCUAUGGACACUCUGACCAAAAUAUGGGAUCUUGUCGACGUUCGACGAUGUGGGGCGCUGAACGUCACAGAAUUCAACCUCGUUAUGUAUCUUAUUCACGGACUGUUGGUUCACCGCUUUGCAGUUGUACCGGCGUCGCUACCUUCCCACAUCCGUACACAGGCCGAACCAGAUCAAGAAUAUGCUGUCCCUUCUCCUCAAAGUGGUGCCGCAUCCGUCACCGCCACACAUGCGGAUGCCUUCCAGGGCAAACUCAACUUGAGAAAUGCUUUCACAGGUGAUUUCCACUUCAUCCGGGCCAGUGCAAAUUUAGAAGCAUGGCAUCUCCCUGAUGUGGUCAGAAAGCAUUCCAACUUCUACUUUGAUGCGUUGAAUCAGCAAUCCAAGGAAUUUAUUGAAGGGGACCAAGCUGUUUCAUUUUUACUGCUCUCCAAACUUCCUUCCACUGAUUUAGAACACAUUUGGAACCUGAUAGACUCUACUUCCAAGGGACAUCUCACUCGUGAUGACUUCGCACUGGUCAUGUUUCUUGUCUACAAACAACUGGCGGGCGUUGAAAUACCAAGAACCCUCCCCUCCUCGUCCAGGAUCUCUUCCAUAGUUUCCCCUCUUGCUAGUCCGAUACCUACGCUAACAAGGCCCAAUGUAAAGAGGUCGCCACUUGCAUCUCCAGAAGAGAAGCCAUUAAUACCCCGCGAUUCUCUUAACGAAACUGAAAGUCUGCAGCAGCAGCUAACAUCCCUGACCCAGCUUCGUUUGACCGAACGAAGCACGUUACGCUCCCAAAUCCAUGAGUUACAGGUUUUCAAAGAUGACUUGUUGACCGAAAAUAGUGAACUACGCCUCUCGCUGCGAACUAUGGAUGAUUCACUGAAGCGUUCAGUCUCGUACUACGGUGACAGGGCAAAUGCUUCAGACACCGAGAACACGAACCUUAAGAAGGAAAUUCGGCUCAUGGAGAAUACGAUAUCGCAGCUGACCGCUUCGCAUCAAUCAGCUAUGGAGGAUCUCACUCACGCAAACCAGUUUCUUCAUACGGAGGUUGACAGACUAUCUGACCAACUGGAGGUCACCAACACUGAGCAGGCUGUGCAGAAAAUGGUCAACGAGGAGCUUUCGGAUGAGCUUGACCGCCUCCGUGUACAGAUACGGGAAUUUCGCGACUCGACAACACUAUUACCACUGUCCGGUGGAGACGAGGAGCUACAGACAUUGAUCAAUGAAGAUCUUGCUAAGGAAAAUUCCACGCUACGAGGACAAGUGCAGGAACUUGGGGAGACAUUGCGAGAGCUCCAAACAGCGAACGCCAAUUCAGUCUCGAGGGAACAAAUGGAUGAAGUUUCCCGUCUGAAUAGGCGUUUGACUCGUCGGAUACGACAGUCUGAGACUCAGGACGGGGAGCUACAAAGAGAGCUAGAAAGGUUACGGGCCGAUAAUCAUCGCUUGAGCGUGGUACGUGUCACUACGGAGGAGGCGCCGCCUGCGUAUGACGACAUUUAG